GCCAAAUUUUCCCCCUCUCUGUCUUCCACGUCCUCAGCUCUUCUCCCCGUCGCUUCAUCGUUGCCCUCUUCUCUCCUAUCUCUCUUUCUCUUCCUGUCUCUUUCUGCACCCCGCUCUUCCUCCCCUGUAUAUUCUCUCGUUCUCAUUGGGACGUUUACUUAUGUGAACUCUUUUCUCCUCAUUGUCAUUCUCUUCUACGUUUUCAGAUUUACUCUUCUACGUUUUCCUCCCGUUCACUCUCAUCUUCUGUAGCGAUCAUUGCGCUUCCUCCUCUCGCUUCUUCCCCGACGUCUCUCUCCAUUUUUCAUCCCUUCCCCCCUCUCUUUCUCUCUCUUUCUCUUUCUCUCUCUCUCUCCUUGUUUUCAUUUCUGUCACACAUACGUACACACUCACGCGUGCAUACUUCUUGUCUUGUCUUCUCGUUGCUUUGCUGCUACAGAAAUCGACAGAGCGGGUUAGUAUCGUACCAGUUAGCAUUCGUUUUGGACGUGUGCGGUCUAACGGGAGCAACUAGCACGUCUUCAUACAGUGAAGUCACGAGGGGCGUAUCUCCUCGAGAAUGAACUCAACUCCAGACUGUACCGAGGAGCUCUGAGAAGAACAGAAAGUGCGAAAGGAUUCCUGAGACUCGCGACACUCGCGAAGAACACGACUUCUUCUCCUGUGAAGGAUUAAGCACUCUUUCUUCAUCGUCAUUCGAGAAACAGCCAGGAUGGGCAUGAUAGCGCGGGUGAGACGUCGUGUCCGUGCAAACUCACUGACGGUCGACAAGGAGAAGACAGCGCAAAGUGUUUGCCUUUUGAGCGCGGUUCUACUUUUGCCUUAUUGCCCGCGUGGUCCAUUGCCACUUUUGCCAUCGCCCGCGCCGGUCCUGUACUCGGCCCUGGUUCUGCCGGUCGUCCUAAGCGCGAAUUACAGAUACCCGGUACCGACGCUGAAAACUCUUGCCGAGGCGGCUAAAGGUGGAGCCAAGAGAGCCUGGCAUCCCCUGAAUCGCUUCCUGAAGCGGCUGUACGCGCCCGUGGACCGCGCUGAGAAUCUCUUCCUGAAGAUGCGUAAUCUCUCCAUCAUGGCGAAUCAGAUAGUGUUCCUGAUACUGGCGGACAAAGUGCUGUUGCCGCAACAGAGAAUGACCUGCCUGUAUACGCUCAUGUUCUACAAUGUGAUAGCUUACUGCGUGAGCUAUAUCAAGGAGCUGAUCCAGAAGGAGGACUGGUCGCCGUACGUCACCUUGACUGAGAGAUCCAAGAUCAAGCAUCUCGCCAUGUCGGCGACCAAGAUCGUGCUCGAGUGGACUAAAGCGGUGACGUUUAUCGUCACGUUGACUUUCAUGCUUCUCGUGUUCGGCUUGGAGCAAGGCCUCGAUCAUUACAAGCCCUCGUUGAUCUACACGGUAGUCACGUGGAUCUACUACUCAGCGACGGAGAAGGUCUUCGUAGAGAUGUUCCCCACUAUUCUGAGCUUCCUGCAGCUGGAGGCGCUGGAGAACAUCGAGAAUCUGUACGCGCCGGUGAUACUUCAUUGCUUCACGAUCGUCGUGUCGGCGCUGUUCAGCGUUCUGCUGUUGGCGUCGGCCUCGUGGAGGUUCCUGCUGGCCGCCACGUAUCUGAACGUGUACCUGCGAUGGAAGGAGCUGAUGCAGAACUCCGGCGCGGUGCUGCGGCGGGAGCGCGAGGUGCUGAACCGGUACCGGAAAGCGACCCUCGAGGAAAUCGAGAGGUUCGACGAUGUUUGCGCGGUGUGCCUGUGCGGCAUGACCAAGGCCAGGGUGACGCCCUGCCAUCACCUCUUCCACGCGGACUGCCUGCGACAGUGCCUGAAGAGCAGCGACAAUUGCCCGAUGUGCAAGCGCGAGCUGAAGUUCGACUGAAGACAACGAUGGGGAUUCUACGAAUCGCUUCUCCAAGGACUCGCGAGACUCUUGAAUCGCGGCGUCGAGAAUGAAGAAAGGCCGUCUCGGAUAUUCGAGCUCUUACGUCCGAAAGAUUCCGAAAGAUACUCUCUAAAGUGCAAUUAGUGUAUCGCUUCACUGAAAUGCUAUGCAGGUGAAUAAUAACAUGGUUCAUUAUCGGUCCGUGUUAUUUCAAAUCGCAUUAUUCGAGACUUGUUCUCUAAAAUUCUUGGAGCGAAACCUCACCCGCGAGACAAGUGAAAAUUCAUUGGGAACGACAAUUAAAAUUACUGCCACUCGAAAUUGUAAAAGUGAAAAGUUUCACUCAAGCUUAGAGUGAAUUUUGACUCCAAAUGAGCGAAUUGUCUAGAGUUUCAAUCGACUGAAGUAAAUUUAUCCUCUUGUGACGAUGGAAUACAUUCAUUCUUUAAUUUUGAAAAUAUCCAGAUAGGCAGAAAUGCUGAAAAAAACAUGCAAACAUUCAAUGUAUAUAUUAAAAGGAAGAAAUAGUUGAUUUAACUAAAAUUAUAGUUAUUUUUGGUCCCACACAUAUCUUUUGAUUGCUUUGACACGAAAAUGAUAAUAGCAACAUGCAUAUUUUAAUUGAAAUAUUUACUUCUUAUUACUGCAAUAAUUCCAUAUUAAUUCCUUUUUUCGACAAAAUAAAUAGUAAUUUUUAUGACAAUUCAUUCAAAUUACUUUCUUUAUAUACGGAUAAAAUUUUUGCUGUAUGAGGAUGCAACUUUGCAUACAUAUGCCAUUCACUGAGCAGACAAUAUGCCGAUAUAUGUCUAUCUGGGUAUUAUUGAUGCAGUUUGUACACACAAUGUCAUUGCAUUCAAGACAUAUAUGAAAGUCAAUUCCAUCGCCACAAAUGCAGAACGUUGAAUUCGAUACAACGUAUAACGAAUUUGUGUACUACAUGUAGUGAAAUUUUACUUUUACUGAUCAAAAUCAGUGAAUAUAAGACAAAGAAGUAAAUGGGGAGUGAUUCUGCAUUAAAAAUCAGGCGAAACACUCCUUUUACUGAUUUAAUUAGAUACAUUUUUACUGAUGCACUUUAAGAGAGAACAUAUGUAUGUUGUCUCUUAUAUUAAUGUUUUUUUAAAUAUCUACCUACACGUUAUUCGAAUAAGGAAUCGCAGAGAGGAAGAAGCUUGCGAUAUUAUGCAAUGUUGAUAAUAAUCGCAAUACUCGGAAUGCAUGUUCCUUUAGAUAUACUUUUCUGUGAUAUAGAUCAGCAGCAUCGUAGAUUAGUUAAACCAGUCGUUAAACACACACGGAGAGAAUAUUAUAGCUUUUUAUAUAAAUAAAUUUAUCAUAUUAUAGCUUUCUUGUAUGUAUAAAUCCUCUUCAAUUUUUCUACAUUUUCUAAUAGUAAGAACAGGCCGUCAGUAGAGUUUAUCUUGCUAAGGAACAUAGUAAAUUUGUCUUAAAAAUAGAUUUCAGUUCCCAAAAUAUAAAUAGUAUAAAUUGGACAACAUAUGAAACGGAAAAAUAAUAAACUGAGGUGAGGUAUCUAUCGUAUACGAUAGAAUACAAUAGAUGGUGAUAGAAUUUCUAUCGUUAGUUUCGUUAGUUAUCGUUAGUUCUAUAGAAUAUAAAAUCGUGUAUAACUAGAUAAAAUACGAUAAGAUUUAUAUCUGAGCUUGCGAGCGUCAACGAUACAGCUUAAAGAAAACGAUUCAAAUUGAUAAAAAUUCUACCGUUCUCAAUCGUUCUCAAUUUUUUUUUACCAGGGUUUCUCGGUUACAAAAUUUUGUAUUAAUUUUCUAUAAAAUUUUUAUAAAACUCUCUCCGUGUACACUUCAUCACAUCAGUCAUACCUCGUUGCCGAGUUGACACGUGAUUCGUAACUUUAACAUAACUGGCAGAUGGAAAUACGCUUACUUUGUUUACUAUCUCAUCUAUAUCUCAUUAGUGUAGCGUUAGCGUAAAGUCUGUUCCUUUUAGCUGAACUGCUGAACUACAAUAAGUUAGUUAAACAAAAUAUAUUUGUCUCGCUCUAAUUUAUUGCAUCAAUGUGCAUCAGUUCAGCUAAAACGAGUAGACCUGUAGUGUCGAUCGAGAAAGAACUGUAAAUUGCAUCGUUCAUAUGUACUCGUAAUGAACAACCACAUAUUUAUCGUGAGAUGUACUAUAAAAUCUCUAUGCCCAGCUUCAGCAAUUCGUUCUCUCUGCGAAAAUUUAAGAGCAAAGCUUAUAAUUAAUAUUUUACGGGAAAUCGUUUCACAAGAUUGUUUAUAGAAUCAGUUCGAUCUGACGUAGUGGAGCAUAUAGUGCUCACACGAUCACGAGCGUGCGUGAUCCUUCUUAAAGUCAACAUUGUGCUAAGAUAAACGUGAGUUGUACGAUUAUGUAACUAAGAUCAGCUAGUGGCAGAGAUGUUCUCCGCACAACAGAACGUCUAAAAUCGGAGCAUAAGACCUCUUUCAGACGUCAGAAUAUAUAUAAGACGUUUUAUGUCCCGAUUUUAGAUGUUGUAUCGUGUGGUAGAUUAAGUUUCUAAUUUUCAUACUCUUGCGACGAAAUAUAGUCUAACAAAACUCGACUCUUCUCACAAGAUCGAACGAUAGCUCUUAUUCCACCGAUAGGUCUCGAUUUUAUAAUAUGCGCUUUUCUAUGGUUUGUCACUCUCUUUAAAUACGGCGGAUACACACAUUCGUAUAACAGGUUUUCAUUAGUUUUAUUGGAAAAAGGAAUAGGUAAGGAUAUAUUCUUCUUCUUACAUUAAAAGAUCUAUUCUCCCUACCAUUUCCUACGUUCUAUUAUAUUUAUAUAAUGUUAAACAUACAAAUCCUUAAACAUACAAUGCUUCGAUGAAUUAUCUGAAAAUACACGCUUCCCUUGUGCGAGUUCUUGGACACAGA